GUCCCGGGAAGGAGACGGGCGCUCUGAUUGCGAGUAAGCGCAGAGGAGAAGGUAUGGGCUGAAUUUUAAAAGAAUAACCCAGUUCAGGUGACCUUCUCUUGGCUUCGUUAUUAAGGUUUAUCACUUCACCCGAUCCAGUUUCGGGGGGAAUUGCUAUACAAAGAAAGCAAAUCGAGGUUUAAGGUAAUCUGAGCACCCUGCCCAUUGCCUGCGUCUGUGAGGCCGGCGUUAAGUCCUGCUGGUAAGAAGGGAACAGGGGAGGUAGUUCUUCAGGAAUGGUCUUUUUUUAAAAAAGAAAUGACCUAGAGAGCGCAGGGUGAGUUCUGGACUUUUAAUUUUCCUCCUCCCUAUGUCAAUAAAUUAUUAAGUAGGAAAAAGAGAAGGUUUUGGAGGAAAAAAAAAAAAAAAUUUGGGUGGCUUCUGGCAAGUCGACCAGCUUUAACACUGACCGCCGGUACCCGACUCUGGACGUUUGGCUUCCGCGCUGCAAGAGCCAUACGUGAAACUGCAGGCGCUGCCGCGGUUUUGUUGGGUAGUUUAUUUAAAAAGUCAAGGAGAAAAGGGGAUAGAAGACUUCUUAAAAACACUCUCGCUUGGCUGCUGUUCGAAGUGUGGAUAUAAGCAAGACCAGAAGAGCUCCUCGUUAAGCGCGCCGGACGGAGGAGGCUGGGAUUGGGCUGCUCCGGAAAUUUCACCUCAGAGCCAAAUUUCGACUUGAAGUUGGGUUUUGUGACUUCUGAGCCCCAUCCGGGCAGGAAUGUGCUGUCAGGAGGGUUGCGGUGCUGAGAGGAGCCCCUGGCUCGGCGCGUGCCCGCUGCGGUGGAAGAUGGCCACCUUCAAACGGAGCCGAGCACAAGCCUGGCCGGAGGAGCGGGGCGACCGGGAGCACGGGCUGUACAGCCUGCACCGCAUGUUCGACAUCGUGGGCACGCACCUGACCCACCGGGACGUGCGGGUGCUCUCCUUCCUCUUCGUGGACGUGAUCGACGACUACGAGAGGGGGAUGAUCCGCAGCGGCCGGGACUUCUUGCUGGCGCUGGAGCGGCAGGGCCGCUGCGACGAGACCAACUUUCGGCAGGUGCUGCAGUUGCUGCGGAUCAUCACGCGCCACGACCUGCUGCCCUACGUCACCCUCAAGAGGCGACGGGCCGUGUGCCCGGACCUGGUGGACAAGUACCUGGAGGAGACGUCCAUUCGCUACGUGACGCCCCGAGCUCACAGCGAGGCAGAGCACGGGCUCGGCCACCCCCAUAAAUCAGUGCCUCCCCACCACCCCGUGGUCUGCUGCUCCCCCGCGGGACCCCAGAUCUGUACCAAGAGGCCCGGCCGCGGCAGGACCCUCCUCAGCAGCCAGCGCAAGAGGAGGAAGUCGGCGACGCCGGACCCUAAGGAGAAGCAGACCUGUGACAUCCGCCUGCGAGUCCGAGCCGAGUACUGCCAGCACGAGACGGCGCUUCAGGGCAACGUCUUCUCCAACAAGCAGGACCCCUUGGAGCGCCAGUUCGAGCGCUUCAACCAGGCCAACACCAUCCUGAAGUCCCGGGACCUGGGCUCCAUCAUCUGUGACAUAAAAUUCUCAGAGCUCACCUACCUCGACGCGUUCUGGCGCGAUUACAUCAACGGCUCCUUGCUGGAAGCCCUCAAGGGCGUCUUCAUCACGGACUCGCUCAAACAAGCCGUGGGCCACGAAGCCAUCAAACUGCUGGUCAAUGUGGACGAGGAGGAUUACGAGGUCGGGCGCCAGAAACUCCUGAGGAACUUGAUGCUGCAGACGGCUCCCUGACGGCUGCUCGGUGGGAUCCAAGCUUUUUCCUUCUCCUUUUUUUUUUUUUUUUUUUUUUCCCUUUUUUUUUUUUUUUUUCUAAAAGAAAAGGAAAAGAUGAUUGAAACCCCCACCCGGUACUGUGCGACUCUGGGUUCGGAGCCGGGCUGGAGCCACGGGGAGCGCCGGAGGCUUACGUGUGUCCUCGCCCCUUUCCUGUCCUGUCACCUCCUCUCUCGCUUUGUUUUCCUUUUUUCUCUUUAUUUUGUAUCCAUUAAAAACAAAACAAAACAAAAAAAAAAGGCAAAAACCCUGCCUGGGGCGCAUCAGUGCUGGGGCUGGGCGUGCUGGGGGGGCUCGGCAGAGGUUUGUACCAUGGUGGGCUCAGCCCCGUGGUGCCCACGCCAGCUUUGGGGGUGGCUUUGUCCCCCUCCUCCCCUUGUGUUCACCGUCCGGGGGGGGCUCCGUGUGCCAGGGGAAGCCCUGGGGGCAGCAUUCCCCCCCCCCAGCCCCUGGGUUCUCCCUCCAAUGACACACCCCCCCCACACACACCCCCCACACCCCCCCAUCGCCUCAGUGGGUUUCUCAGGAGUAAAACCGUCCCUGCGGUGUCCCCUGGACCAUGUGCCUUCGUGUCCCCCUCCCCUGCGGGGGCCGGGGGGGAGGACCAGCGCCGAGGGACGCUCCGAAAUCUCUUGCCUGUCCCCUCCAGGGCUGCCUGGCUCUGUCCCUGUCCCUGUCCCCCCCCUCUGCAGCUGGCGCCUGGGCUGAGCGGGGCCCCGGGGCAGGUCGGGGCGCGGGGCUGUGCCUGUUGCUGGCAGCAGGCAGCCCAGCCUCUGCCUGCUCGCCCUGGGGGGGGCCGCCAGCCCGCGCUCCUCGCCCGGGGCCACCCAGCCCACGCCCUGGCUCCCUGUCCCCGCAGAGCCCCCCAAAUGGCCGUCUGUGUCCCCCCCCAACCUGCUGCCUACGGGUCCCUGGGGUGGGGGUGGGGUUUUUUUCCCAGCUUCAUCCUGGUUUUGUGGUUUUUCUUUCCCUGUCCCUGCUUGGCUGCCUCCUGGGUGGGGGGCAGCCCCCUGGGACUUGUGGUGCGUGUGGGCCCCCCCCCCUCCCGGGGGCACGCGGCCCACCCCCCACCCCCCCCUGCUUACGGACGAUUCUGGCACAACUUGGUGUAAUUUCUGUGACUUCUGUAUUUUUUAAACUUCAAUAUAAUGGUCAUAUUCCCUGUGUAGCUUUCGGGUUUCUUGAAAUAAACAUCUACCGCAG